GCGUUACUAAACACAGAGGAGCUGUUGCUGAAGUCAUGUCCGACGUCGGUGUUAAGUUCGACCUUCCUUCCACACCUACGCCAGAAGAAGAGGUGUUCCUCCCUCCUGCUCCUCUUCUGGCCGGAGCCCAUGUUCGUGGACUUCAAUCCUACCGUGAGAAGUACCGCUCUUCCAUCAAUAAUUCCGAUGCCUUCUGGAAAAGUGUGGCUGAGGAGCUGCACUUCGAACAGCGCACUUCCAAGGGUCUGGAAUGGAAUUUUGAUGCAAGGAAGGGCGAUGUUUUUUGCCGUUUCAUGGACGGAUCCAAGACGAAUAUAUCCUACAAUUGCUUAGAACGAAAUAUUAAACGCGGUUACGGCAACAAGGUUGCCUACAUUUGGGAAGGAAAUGAGCCAAAUGACAGUUUCAAAAUUACCUACAAUGAACUUCAUUCCCAGGUUGUCAACUUCUCCGCUGUCUUACGUGGUCACGGGGUGAAGAAAGGAGACGUGGUAGCCCUUUACCUGCCAAUGAUCACCGAAUUAGCUGUUGCUAUGCUUGCUUGUACUCGCAUUGGAGCUAUGCAUUCGGUGGUUUUUGCCGGUUUUUCUGCCUCGGCUUUAGGAGCGCGAAUAAUUGACGCCAAAUGCCGUGUUCUCGUUACCGCUGACGGGUUCUACCGAGGAACGAACGGAUCGACGGGAAAGCCUAAAGGAAUUCAACAUUCAACUGCCGGCUACAUGGUUUAUGCUUAUUACACGACCAAAUGUACCUUUGAUGCUCAUCCUGAGAAAGAUGUCUACUGGUGUACGGCCGAUUGUGGUUGGAUUACCGGACACACGUAUUUACUGUAUGGACCAUUGAUGAAUGGGUUGACUGGUAUAUGGUUCGAAGGAGUUCCCACUCAUCCUGCUCCGGACAGGAUGUGGGCGGUUACCGAUAAAUACAAGGUGAACAAGCUUUAUACUUCGCCAACUGCGAUUCGCGCCUUAAUGGCCAUGGGAGAUGAUUACGUGACCAAGCAUUCUCGUGCUUCCCUGGAGAUUUUGGGC